AUGCUUCCCGUCUCUUCAGCUAUUAGUCAAGCGCAAUGGACCUGGUUCAGCCGAGAAAGGCCGUUCUAUGACUUCCAUGUCUUUGACCAGGCGAGUAGAGGAGCCUGGGGCUCUUUGAUUCUGCUACUUCGUAUGGCGGAUUCGCUUCCGGCAUUUCGGUGCGCUCAGGGCUAUCCUUAUGGUCUUGAGUUUUUUAACCUCCCCCAUCACACAGCUAGCUAUCAGUUACCCCUUACGAGACGUGCUAGCCGCGUCGGAAGAGGCAAAGCUUCAGCCAUCCGUACGAUCAUCGCGCCGAAAGAUAAAUUGGACACGGGAACACGCAAAGCGCUGUUGAUGGCGACCGCAGAGGACGGAAGUAACUUCUUGAGGCCAAUCGAACCGCUUGGAGCGACCUGCUCGACAGGCAAUUGCACAUUCGACACUUACCAAUCACUGGGGGUCUGCAUGAAGAUGGCAACCAUAACGUCGCAACUGCGAAUCCAAGAGUUCGAUGACGUGAAGGUUGGGGAGAUGCCCCUACUUGGUGACGACAAGGGAGCAUCAUUCAUCCCCGGUCAGAAAGUCCGGAAUGCAUCCCUCCCCGGCGGAUACGACAUGUCGCAUCAAACAUCACUAGCAGGUCGUUCCUGUGAUGGCCAAAGGCGAGCAGCCACCAUCUAG